GGCACACAGACGAGCAACCGCCACGAUUUCAAUUCAAAACAAAUGAAAUGAGAGCUUUCAAAUAUUGAUGCAAACACCGCGUGCUACUGUUACCCAGUAAACAUGGCAGACGUUGAUCUCAUGUGCAAUUUCAAGAGUUGCCUGAAGCUGCUGAAGAAAUCAGCUUGGGUGACGAGUUGUUCCCAUAUUUUUUGUGAUGAGGACGGCAUGCGGGAGCUGAUGAGUGCUAACUCAAACUGCAAAUGCCCUGUUUGUGGAGCUGCUUUGAGCCAUUCUUCAGACAUUGUAAAGGUCGAACUCAAUCCAACAGAACAUUUUAAAUCAAUGGUUCUCACUGGUCUGUCUCCGGAAAUCGUGAUGGACAUCAUGAAUAGGUCAUUUUCGUUUUGGACUUACCAAACAAGUCUUACCAGGAAACACCAGGAAGGAGUAAUCAAAAGUUAUAAGGACAAGUUAAGUAAGCUGGAGAGCUCGUACGAGUCACUGGUAGCAAAAAUCCGACAGGAAGUACACGUGUUAAGGAAAAAGGUUGAAGAAAUGGAGAAGGAGAGGCAAGAACUGCUAAGCAGAUUAGACGAUUCAGCAAGAAAACUUUCUGAGAGGAAUCGAGAGAACCAGAAGCUCCAUAAUGCCUGCAAUGCAAUAAGGAUAGCAAACUUGAAUUCAGUAGAUUCCAACGAGCCCCCAGAAGAGUCUAAUUUCACCUCAUUCGGUCCCAAGACCAUGAACGACCUGCUGCCCAGGAGAACUGUGUCUCAGCCUCAUAUGCCUCCCCCAAUCAAUUUCACACCUCGAAACAAUGCUGAAACUCAUAGAGUGAGUUCGGCGAUUAGACGGAAGCCUCCCACCCACAAUGCCACAGGGUUCAGGUUCAACCCUGUGACGCCUCAGGUACCAACCACUACUGUUAAUUUUAACUCAUUCAUGACUCCAAAAGCUCCAAGAGUGGAACAGUGAGGAGUUUGAAGUUUGUUAUAUCAAACCCGAAUUGAUUGUGGA